GUUAGCCCCUCUGCCAUGAUUUACUAUAGUGUGUGUGUGUGUGUAUGUGUGUGUGCGCACGUGCAUGCGUGCAGUUGUGUGUGUGUGUGUGAAGGAACAGAAUGUUAUCAUGUUAUCAAGGUAACAAAACACAACCUCUAACCUCCUCUCUCUCUUUCCUUCCAUCUUUCUCUCCCUCCCUUUCUCUCUGUAGGACUUUAAGGAGCAGAUGGUUCACCAUAUGGCCACCAUCUUCCUCAUCAGUUUCUCCUGGUGUGUCAACUACAUCAGAGCGGGCACGCUCAUCAUGCUGCUGCACGACUCCUCCGACUAUUUACUGGAGUCUGCUAAGAUGUUCAUCUAUGCUGGAUGGAGAAACACCAGUAACUACGUCUUCUUCCUCUUCGCUACCGUCUUCAUCUUCACUAGACUCUAUAUCUUCCCCUUCUACAUCAUUUAUGCUACGUACGUUUAUCCAUUGACUAUGUACUCUCCAUUCUUUGGAUACUACUUCCUGAAUGUCCUUAUGAUGGUGCUGCAGUGUCUACAUAUCUUCUGGGCCAUCCUCAUUCUGCGUAUGGCUGUCCGCUUCCUGAGCAGCGAUGAAAAGGUAGAGGACGAGAGGAGCGAUAAAGAAGAGACGGACGAGUCAGGGGAGGAAGAGGAGGAGGUGAAGAAGAAAGGCGCUGUGCAGAACGGUGACGCCACUCACAACAACCACCGCAAGACAGAGUAAUGAAAAUGUGUGCGAGGAAGUAAGAGUGGGAAGAAUUCACAUCCCUCACUCAGCAGAGGGGGAGAGAUGGAGUGAAGGGAAAAUGGAUGAGGGAGAGGGUGGUAGGGAAAAUGGAUGAGGGAGAAGGAAAGCUAUUCCUAAAGCCUGAGAACUCUAUGUAGACCUGUACCUGUGGCUACACUACACUACAUUAUAAACACUCAAUCACACACAUGCACUCACACACAAUUUUGGAUAUACUACAUUAACUGGCAUGGACCUGUUGUUAUAGUCCAUUAACACACACACACACGGGUCAUUCUCACGAAACUGUAAAAAAAAAAAAAAAACAUUCUCAAGUGUCAUUUUUCAGGAAAUGUCCUCUUGAAUCACGGAGAUUAGGAUCUGUACUUAUCUAUUUCAUAAUUAUUGUUUUUUAAAUCAGAUAUUAUGCAUUUUAACGACAUUUUCACAAAAUGGUCAUUACCGUAAGUUUUUUAAGUCAAAAAAAAAGGUAAUAAAUCAAUAUUUAUAAUAUUUUUUUACAUUGCUCCCCUAAU